CAAAGGGACACCGAGCCGUAGUGUACUCGGAGCUACGGAGGGCAUCGUCGCCGGCUGUAGAGAUGGUGUCGAACGCGUUCGUGCUGUGCAAGGUGCGGCACAAUGUGAGUCUGGCGCCGUGCCACGCCAUGGAGCCGCGCGUGGGCAUCGAGCAGGACCUGACGGCGCAGCUCAUGCGCUACUCGCAGCCGCUGCAGGGCGUGGUGCUGAGCUUCAGCGACGUGCAGCUGGCGCAGCCCCACGGCGUCAUCGUGAACGAGAUGCCCCACAUCCACUGCAAGGUGCUGGCCGACGCGCUGGUCUUCCGCCCCAAGGAGGGCAUGCAGCUGCGCGGCGUCGUCAACAAGAUCGGCAGCAACCACGUCGGCAUGCUCUUCGCCGGCGUCUUCAACGGCUCCGUGGCUGAGGCCGAGCUGCCCAAGGGAUAUGUGCACAACUACGCCCAGGACUGCUGGCUGGGCGAGGACGGCUCCUCCAUCUCCGUGGAGGACGAGGUGGACGUUAAAGUGCUUGCGACAGUGUCCACGUCGCUGGUGGUAUGAUU